AUGUUCCGGAUGAAAGAAGGUGAGAAAAUUGAUGACAUGUUCGACCGGUUCUCAAAGAUAAUCAACGAUCUUCAUGCCCUCAAAAAGACCUACACCAACAAGGAUCUUGUGAGGAAAAUCCUGCGGAGUCUCACACCCGAAUGGAGGUCAAAAGCCGAUGCAAUCUACGAAUCCAUCGGAGUCUCCAACAUCACCAUCGACGGGCUAAGAGGUAAUCUUAAAACCUAUGAAUCUACUAUUCUAACCCCGUCUUUGGAUGAACAAAAGAAAAAGGGGAUAGCUCUCAAAGCCACCAAGGAGCCGGCUUCAAGCGAUGACGACAAUGAAUUCGGGCUCGUCAUCAAGAAGUUUCACAAGUUCAUGAAGAAGGAAUUUGAGCGGAAGGGAAGGAAGCACGACGGUCCUCCCAAGUGCUACGGCUGUGGCGAGAUUGGCCACAUCAAGCCAAGGUGUCCAAAGGCCAAACACGGCAAGGACAAAUCUGGCUUCAAGAAGCAAAGGGCCUACAUCUCUUGGGGUGGCGAUUCUGGCGACGAAUCAACCGACCAAGAGGAGGACGAAGCUGCAAAUCUCUGCCUCAUGGCACACGAAGAUCAAAGCAACGACGUCCAAGAGAACAGGGCAGGAGCUUCCGGAAAAUCCAAGGCAAAAUCCCGGGCACCGGUAACCAAUCCCGAGGAUCGCAUCGACUACAACGAUGGGACGUAUCUCUGGUUCGAUUCCGAGGAGGAGCGCACCCGUUUUCUCACCUUCUUCUCUAAACGGGUUGUGGCUCCCCCACGAAUCAUCCCGGAGCGCUACCCGGAGCUGCAAGGCUACGACGACCUUGACGCACAGCUUCAUCAAGCCGGUCUUUGGCCGUUCGUCUCCCGGGCACGCAAGGAGAUCAACCCGGCACUAAUUCGGGCCUUCUACUCCAACCUCCGCUGUGAGGACGACGUGCUCUACUCGCUCGUCAAGAGCACGCCGAUCGAGCUCACUGUGGAGCGGUUUGGACGCAUCGCCGGCCUCCCCUUCCAAGGCGACGAUGUGUCACACUAUGGUGGAGAGGAUUGGGUGCUCAACAACGAGGGCCUUAUCCUCAACGAGCUUGGCAUCACCGAGCUCAAACGCCAUGCCUCAGGCCGCCCAACCAUCCACUCCGCCAAACCCGAAGGCCGCCUGGUCCUCUACAUCGUCACCCGAAUCCUCAAACCCAGGAAGCACGGCCACACCAUCAUGCACGGUGAAGACCUCAAACUUAUGCACGCAAUCAUGCACUCGGCCCCAAUCAGUUGGGCAAAGUUUGUCAUGAUCAACAUGACGAUUGCUGCGUCCACCGAGCACGACCACCUCCUCCCGUACCCGUUCUUGGUGAUGGACAUCCUUGAACGGUUCAGGCUAACCACCACCAUUGGCCCGCUCAUGAAGGCCACGAAGAUUUGGACAAUCAGCAACCAAACCUUCAUCAAGCGGUCGGACAACGCCGCAACUGCCACUGCCGCGCCACACCGCACUGCCACUGCCGCUGGCCCAGCCGAACCCCAGGCCCGGGCCAACCUUGCCUCCAUCGCCGACUCCCUCAACCGGCUCCACCUCAAAGUUGACGGGAUGGGUGGCUACCUUGAACGGCUCGACGUGGCUGUUCAACGCCAAGGAUACGCGAUGAAUUCGUACUUCCAAGGCAUCAACUACGUCCCGCCACCACUCUACGGCACCUUUCUCGACGAAGUCUACGGUGAUGAAGACGAAGAGGAUGAGUCCUUCGCCCAGUCAAGCUCCCCGGACGAGGAUCAGUUUGACGAUGCCGUUGAUGGUGAUGAAAUGGACGUCGACGACGACGAGGAAACCGACGACGAAGACUAGGACUCCCCUAGAACUUCUAUCUCUUUUACUUUGAUUAUCCUUUUUUUUAAUGCUUCCGUUGUACUCAGCUAUUUCCCUUUAUUAAAUAAAAUCAUUUCGUUUAUCUUUUUGUUAAUGUCAAAAGGGGGAAGAAAAGGGCUAUGCAUAU